UGGCGCUUCUCCGUCUCUGCGUUUGCGUUGACUGCCAUUGCCAUCCCUACCCCUCAUUCACCAUGGCGAAAAAGGCGUUGGCCAAGGAUCAAAUUGUCAAGCUCAUUGUGGGCGCCGGUCAGGCCAGCCCCAGUCCCCCGGUCGGUCCGGCACUGGGUAGUAAAGGUGUGAAGAGUAUGGACUUUUGCAAGGAGUUCAAUGCUCGUACCGCACACAUCAACCCCGGUGUUCCCGUCCCUGCGCGCGUCACCGUCCGACCCGAUCGCUCUUUCACCUUCGACCUCCGCACGCCCACGACGACCUGGCUGUUGCUGCAAUCUGCCAACGUGGAGCCUCGCAAGAACCGUGUCCGUGGUGCCAUGAACCCCGGUCACGAGAUCGUCGGCAAGAUUUCCCUGAAGCAUGUGUACGAGAUUGCCACCAUCAAGCAGAGCGAAACGCGAUUGUCGGGAUUGAGUCUGGAGGGACUAUGCAAGAGCAUUCUUGCCCAGGCCAAGUCCAUCGGCAUCCAGGUCGUGCCAUAGAGCAGCAGCUGGAGGUGCCGAAUUCGAGUGUAAUAUGUAUAUGAGUCCACGACUCUUGCACGGCUGCAGCGACUUACAGCCCUGGAGUCACGACACUGGCGUUUAGGAUGGUUCUGUCAUCAAUUGUAUUAUAGGGAAUUGCAUCUGAUAUAGAAAGCGUUUACAAAUACCCGCAGCUUCUGCUUGACGUGGAUCAUUGCUUUCUUGUCUACAUAUGGACCCGUUUCCUGAUCUUGAUGGGAGGCGAAACUGAGUCGCGAUAGCCUGGUAUUGUAUGCUGCAAUCCAAAUUUUCCUCAAGUCAAGAGAAUCGCAAGACAGCCGUUGUAGACUGGGAUAAUCGGACUGGUGCCAUCCCGAACGAUGAAGCUAUCCAGCAUUCACUUA